GUUGAAAAUUUUCCGACAGUCCCCACCACUAAAUAAAAACUAGAAUCCUCUUUUCGGAGUCAAGGAACGUGAGGUUUUCACAAAACGUUGGGCCAGUCAGUCACAUCGCUUCGGAUCGAGCAGUACUGUUUCCUAGUACUGAAUAGCUGCCUUGCCAUCAAUAGUGUGCAGUUUGGCCAAUUUUCGGUUCAUCCAUUUUGAGUUUUAUCUGAAUUUGAGCAGUAAAGUUUCAAACUAAAUCAACAUGGCUGACGAUGAAGCAAAGAAGGCGAAACAGGCGGAAAUCGAGCGCAAGCGUGCCGAAGUGCGCAAGCGCAUGGAGGAAGCCUCCAAGGCCAAAAAGGCCAAGAAGGGUUUCAUGACUCCGGAACGUAAGAAGAAGCUCAGGCUACUUCUGCGCAAAAAAGCUGCUGAGGAAUUAAAGAAAGAACAGGAGCGCAAGGCAGCUGAACGUCGACGCAUUAUUGAGGAACGAUGUGGCAAGCCUAAAAACAUCGAGGAGGCUAACGAAGACCAAUUGAAAGACAUUGUAAAAGAAUAUUACAGCCGUAUGUAUACGUGUGAAGGCCAAAAAUGGGAUUUGGAAUAUGAAGUCCGGAAAAGAGAUUGGGAGAUUUCCGAUCUGAAUGCCCAGGUUAACGACCUGCGUGGCAAGUUCGUUAAGCCCACUCUGAAAAAGGUUUCGAAAUACGAGAACAAAUUCGCUAAGCUCCAGAAGAAGGCUGCUGAAUUCAACUUCCGUAACCAACUCAAGGUUGUCAAGAAGAAGGAAUUCACUUUGGAGGAGGAAGACAAAGAGAAGAAACCGGACUGGUCCAAGAAGGGAGACAGCAAGGUGAAAGAAGAAGCAGCAGAAGCUGUUGAAGCCGAGUCUUAAAUUCUGUUCGACAGCCCUUAUCUUUUCUUUAAAGAUACAGCGGCAAAUGUAACAACACACGCAUUGAUGCUAUUUUUUAUUUAACCCUGACAAUAAAAAAUCUAUCCUAUGUUCUAUCCAAUGCUA